CUCAUCGUAGGUCUCGCCUCGUGUUUCAGUCUCUGGAUCGUACCGCUCAUCCAACAGCCCCGUGUCUCCGCGGACGCACAAGCUGCCAUCUUCGUCGGCGUCUUCGAGCGCGGCGGGAAGUACCUGCAGCCUACCAGCCGCUUCUUCGGCAUCGCCACCCUGGCAAUGGCGGCGUGGGCAUACUAUCUUGGCGAAGCAGUCUGGACGUACUAUGCCGCUGCUUUCGUGUUCAUGAUCGCGGUUGCGCCGUGGGAGAUUGCCAUGAUCUUUCCAAUUAACGACAAAGCAGCAGCGUUCAACGAUCGGUUGAAGAAGGACGGCGCGUCUGCGCUCAAUGACGCAGAGGUAAAGGAGCAAAAGGAGCUGGUGAAUCAGUGGUCAAGAAUGCAUGCGGUGAGGUUUGGUUUGCCGAUCUUGGGCGCCAUC